GGUCAAAUAAAAUAAAAAACAGAGCCAUAAAAGUUAGAGAGAGAGAGAGAGAGAGAUCUGAUCAUUUUGAAGAGCAAGUAAUUGGAAGAUUAAGAGAGAAUGGCAUCGUCAGAGCAAAAGGUGGUUGAAGAAAAGGGGUCGGUGAUUUCAAGCUUGUUGGACAAAGCAAAAGGUUUCUUUGCGGAGAAGCUGACGAAUAUUCCGACGCCGGAAGCCACCGUGGACGACGUCGAUUUCAAAGGCGUGACACGUGAAGGAGUCGAUUACCACGCCAAGGUCUCCGUCAAGAAUCCUUAUUCUCAAUCGAUCCCUAUUUGCCAGAUCUCUUACAUCCUCAAGAGCGACACAAGGAUGAUAGCGUCGGGAACAAUACCGGACCCGGGUUCGCUGGUUGGGAACGGCACGACGGUUUUGGACGUACCGGUUAAGGUGGCUUAUAGCAUAGCGGUUAGUCUGAUGAAGGACAUGUGUACAGAUUGGGACAUCGACUAUCAACUCGACAUUGGGCUAACCAUCGACAUUCCUGUUGUCGGUGACAUUACCAUUCCUGUCUCUACUCAGGGCGAGAUCAAGCUCCCUUCCCUUCGCGACUUCUUUUGAUCAUCCUUUCAACUAUAUCUUUUAUAAUAAUUACAAUAUCAAAUUUUCAAUAACCUACUAUCCAUAGACGGAUCGUACACUUCAAUUCUGAAUUUAAGUUAUUUUUAUAUUUUUGUUGGUUUUGUUGUUGGAUUAUUAAGGAUUUUUUUUUUUAUUUGCCUAUGUAUGUUUCCGUGGAGUUAU